AUAUAUUUACAUAGAAUUUUGUAUUUUGUUAUUUUAUCAUUUUAUAGAAUUGUAUUGUAUUCUGAGUUGAUACAACUUAGAACUCAAAACGGAAUACUAAUUUAUAGUUUUUAUUAUAAGUAUAAAUGGAGUAUCAUGCUAAUAAGAAGAAUAUAGAAAUAGAGUCUACCACUAAUUCUCAGAGACCUAAUAGAUGAAAAGCACUACGAAGACGCGUUCACAUGAAAAUUGCAUUGAAGUUUUCUUUUUCUUUUCAAAAUCACUUUCUAUAAACUAAGUUAAGUUUGUCCAGCUAAUCUAUUACUAUUCGGUUAUCAAUGCCAAACAACAGUGAUGGUCUAGAGGAGGAACAUGAAAGGUGGACAGAAAUGGAGAGUGAGUGGAUAUCUUUAACAGAUGAUCUACGAAUGGAUAUUGAUAACCACCGUAGACACGCAGCGGAUCUGGAGAUAGAACUCAGAAAAGAGAAAACGGCUUCGGAGGAGCUAAACGACGCUCUUGGUAGAGCCAUGCUUGGACACCUAACAUCAUACAAUGACUUCAUUGAGCAGUACACUGAGCUCCAGGAGAAGUAUGAUGAGUUAGUUAAGAGGCAUAACGUGACGUUGGCGGGAAUAGUUGAUGUGAAGAAAGCAGCGGCUAAAGCUGCAGUGAAAGGUCGUCAUGGGAAGAGUUUUGCCAAAUCCUUUUCAGCUGAGCUUACUGCUAUUAGAGCUGAGAAGGAGAAAGAAAGAGAGUUCUUGAAGAAGGAGAACAAAGGACUUAAGAUUCAGCUGAGAGAUACCGCUGAAGCUGUUCAAGCUGCUGGAGAGUUACUGAUCAGACUCAGAGAAGCUGAGCAAUAUGUACAAUCCUCUGAGGAACGUUUCAGCUUACUUGAAGAAGAGAAUGCAAAGUUAAAGAUGCAGAUGGAGAAGUUAAAGGGCAAGCACCAGACAGAAAUGAGUACAAUGAAGCAAUAUCUUGCGGAAAGCAAAUUGCCAGGGUCUGCAUUACAGCCAUGGUUCACGGGGAAUGAGGAACAUUUAUCAGAAGACAGAACCGGUUUGGUCAAGGAGAAUGAAGAACAAACAUAUAAAAGGAAUAAGGCUAUAUCAUAUAAAUCAACGGUUUAAAUAACAAUAUAUAAAAUAAAAGGUAAACAAACAUAUAAAAGGAAAAAUAAUAUAAAAUUUCAAAUACCGUUCAUAGUACUUAACAUUUUAAAAAUGUAAUCUAAAUAAAAUAUCGAUUUUAUCUUAUGCUUAAAUUUCAACUAAAUUAACUUUGUUACGAUUAUCAGCUUUUUAUUCUACUUUUAUUAAAUCGAUUAGUCACAAUCACUUAUGCUCACUUUGAACUAGACAACUUCAAAAUAAAGUAAUAUCCUAUAUAGUCGCUACCCACAAUCAAAUGGGUCGAAAAAAUAUCAUUCUUUUUGAACAUAUUUUAUU